GAAGAAGAGGGAAUCUGCAGGUACAUAUAAAAGUGCUGCAAGAUAAAGCACCUCAGAACACUUUUGGAUCAACUCAGUGUUGAAGGUGCAGCUGGAGUAGAAAAGAGAAGUGUUUUACAUCCGAUCGAUACAAUGAGCAACACACAAGGAGAUUUGUUGAAAGAGAAGCUUGAUCAGCUUUCGUGUCACUUCACAUGGGGCCCUCAGAAGGAAACCAUUCAAGUGAAUGAUGUGGAAUACAGAUUGCAAGAUUCUCUAAAAUUUGAUGUGAAAUACAAAGUUAUGUCCUACAACCAACUCGCUUUUGUAAACUGUAUCCAGGGCAAAUGUGAGGAAGCAAUUCAAAAUUUAAAGGAAGCUGAACAGUUUCUGAGAGAGAACCACAAAGAUGAAUUUGAAAGAAGAAGCAUCAUCACCUAUGGAAACUCUGCCUGGGUGCAUUACCACAUGGGACAGCUGACCGAGGCCCAGACCUACCUGCACAAGCUGGAGAUGAUCUGUAAACCACUCAGUGAUGGCCCUCGCUAUACAGCAAUGAUCCCUGAGGUAUACGGGGAGAAGGGAUGGUCAUUGUUAACUUCUGGUAAUAGUAUUUACUAUAAGGAGGCAAAAGAAUGUUUUGAGAAGGCUCUGGAGAAAGAUUCUGAUAACACAGAAUGGAUCAUGGGCUAUGCCACUGCUCUGUUUCGUCUCGAAUCAAUUUCUGGAACUCCUGCAAAUCGACAGCAAAGUCAGUCAGUAAGGCAUCUACGUCGUGUACUGCAACUUGAUUCAGAUGACACUGUGGCCAUGGUUCUGUUGGCUCUCAAACUACGAAUAUUUAAUCAAAAAAAGGAAGCAACUGAAUUAGUUGAAGAAGCACUGCAGAAAACACCUGAUUUUCCAUACGUGCUUCGGUAUGCAGCAAAAUUUUGGAGAUUAGAGAAAGAUGUGGAGAAAGCUAUUGGCCUGUUGAAGAAAGCAUUGGAAAUAACUCCAGACAGCAUCUUCUUACAUCACCAGAUUGCGUUGUGUUAUGAACUUAAACUAAAUAAACCGACUCACAAUCCUUUUCCCCAAAAUGGCAGCAAUUGUGAACACCAGCAGAAAACUGAGCUGAUCAGAGAAUGUAAGCAUCACUUUGCAAAGGUAGAUGAACAGCGUCCAAGUGCAGUCAAGCCACAAUUGGAUUUUGCGCAAUUCUGUGUAAAGGUUAAAGACUAUUCCAAAGCGGAGGAGAUAUAUGACAAGCUGCUGAAGUUAGUAAGCAUUAGUCCACGUGAGAUGCAGACAAUACGUUUAAAGGCUGGCUUAUUUCAAAUGCAUCAGAUGAAAUCUGAAUCAAAUGCCAUUACACUAUUUCUGGAAGGACUGAACAUUGAACAUGAGUCAAGUGAAUGGAAAAUGUGUCGCAGACAUUUGGAGCAGUGGCUGAACAGGAAGCUUCAGAGAAAUCCACAAGACAACAAAGCCCUUCGUAUCAAAUCAUUAUUGAAUGAGAUGGAUGGGAACAGCCCUUAAACUAAUGGAGACAUUGGAGAUUGAUCCUGAUAAUAUAAAAUAUCUCAAUGCUCAUAAUAAAUUGUCUCUUCUUCCACUGAUAAAACGAUGCAUGAAAGCUGCAUUGAUUCUGCCUAAUCAAAGGCAGG